UUGUUAUUAAUUCUAAAGGUGUUUUUUGGGUAUCAUAAACCUUUUUUUUCAAAAACUCAAGUUGUUUUCAAAUUUCACCGUAACCAGCUGAAAGCCGCUAACGUCGUUCAUCGAUAGCCAUGCCAGGACUGUUACAGCAGUCACAACUGAACAAGAGUGACUCGUUCAAUUCUGAAUUUCGGACGAGUAUGUUGAAAAGACUCAAUUCUCUCCGAUCGCCAGGUUUUGACUGUUAUGUGUCGUCUUCUACCUUGUUAUGCAAUUCGCACUCAAAUGUAUCAAAUUCAACGACGUCCUUAAGUCGCCGUCGGCGUUUCUAUCAAAGUCCUGGUUUGAUGGAUGCGCUAUCGCCUUCAGUCUCAAGAACAAGCAGCCUCCGUUCUCAAGUAAAAACCCUCGGUUCUGUGCUCGAGGAACGAGCCAAAUUGGUGAAAAGAACCUUGACUGGGCAUUCACAUGUGGGGAGGACGUGCUCCACGCCAACGAGAUCAUCACUCGCUGCGUGUAAAUUUCUGAAAGAUACAACAACAAGCGUGGAGACUUGUAUGCAAGAUGUUCUAACAGACCUGUCUAACAUAGCUGCCCCAGGUAGCAACUUAGUGAGCUGUUCUAACCAAAUAACGGUCUCAGAUUCAGCACCUGUUACACUGGUUACACCGAAGCCAAAGAGGCAAAAGUACCAUUCACUGGCCGUCUUAGGGCACAGAAAGCAGAAGGGAUCUCCGGUUAAGCUGCGAUCACAAAUCAAGCCUUAUAAACCCGCGACAUCUCCUGUUCUUGACAAUCGUUCCAGCUUCGCACUUGAAAGUGUGAAGCUGGAACGAUUGUCAUUUAAACGUGGCAAAGGCCGAGCAAGUCGUGAUAUACUUUGGAUGCAGUUAACGUGUGCACUUAUUAAAAACCUCGUUAAUAGAGAGCCUUUACAGUCUGAUGACCUUUUUAAGUGUCGGUGUCUACAAAUGGCACUUCGAGCCACUAAAAUUAUUGACCCAAUUGCUGCAAGCCAAUGGUAAGUUUGCGACUAUUUGCUUUUAUUAAUACCUAAUGCAUUUCGGCGAACUUACCGAUUGAGUCGAACAACCAUCCGUUCAAGUUAAAGUUGCGCUAUUAGCCGUUAUUUUGUAGUUUAAUAUAAUUGUUUUUCGAUUAAGUACCUGACCUGGAAUCAUACCUAGCUGAAUUUGAACUAGAAAGAGGAAGCAUAUUAACAUCGUGGCAGUUACUCUGGUAUACUGUUACAAUUAUGCAUUAAUCUUCCGCUCUGAAUUACUUCUUCUACGACUUUUGUCUUCUCACGCUGUAAUACCAUACAUAAAGUAUUUAAGAAGUUCCCCACAAUGUGUGAAAUACAGGCUAAACACAGCAGGCUUUCAUGUGAAAUUGCAUGGGAAGAGGCAGAAUCUUUCAUUUUGUUGCUCUUUUAUAGAAAUCGUUUUUUAAUUUAUUUUAUAGUACAUGAAAUUUUAGCUUGAAAUAGUUUGUUUCUUAUAUGGCUAGGGAUAUUUGGACCUUCUUUGUCAACAAAAAGCCUACCAAUCGGUUUGAUGAUCUAAUAACCAGUUUAAUAUUUUAGGCUUUUGCUGUUCUCAGAUCGGGUAAUCGAGUUGGUUCAGGACGUCGAACAGUGCCCUUUUCACACCCGGCUUGCCAAACCACAUUAUCGGAUCAGGAAACUUGAUGUGGAGACAGCCGCAGCGAACUUCUCUGACGACCUGUGGUCCGGAUUGUUAAAUUGGUUACGAAGUGCGAGGCCGUACCUCCUUGAAAGGCUCACAAAAAACAUACAAUUGUAUGCCUAAAUCAUCUUCUUUGUCAAAGACAAGUGAUUCCUCAUUAACGCUAGGAGGGCGGUACCUGACGGUCGAGGAGCGCGCGCUUCUCUAUCAGGUGGAUUGCGAUGUCACCUCGUUCGUGAGCAAGAAAGCCAAGUUGACAUCAAUAUCUGAUACCCGUUUAUGCGAAACCGCCGAGUCAAACAACCCCUGCGAAGAUGAAGUAUUACUGUUGCCUUCGUUGUCGCCUCGCCGUCGUUUUUUAGUUCAUAGUUUAAUUCAGAAACAGUAUUGGAGGUUGGUUACUUUCUCGAUCGGAGAAGGUAAUAGCAGGGCUACAGUUAUUUGCUUUCGAGAAACCCUGAUCCGAGCGAUCCAGAACGGACAGUGCCAACACGCGAAGGUUUUGGAAAACUUUUCUGAUCUCACCUGUUUGACUAAAAAGCCGACAGGAAAUCACGAGAUAGUGCAAUUUCCCGAGCAAAACGAAUGUCGAAGUAUUGCACUAAAAGAUUCGUCACCAGAAACGCGCUCUAAACUUACCACAAAGGAGGCCGGCAACGGGAACGGUGGUGCAAGACGUGAGUUUCCUCAGAAGCAACUGUACGUGCCCCCAAAGGCACGUAUGAAAACUAAAAGGACGCAUUGCGAGCACAAACCUACCAUAGAUGAGAAUACAGUUAGUUGUGAAAUGGCCGAAGCAAAAGAUAAUUAUGGAAAUAUUCAAAAGGAGCUAGAAGAUCAUGUAACCCUUACUGACGAUCUCACCUGUGAUGGCGAUGUAGCAUUACCCGCAGAGGAGGAUUCUUGGGAAACAAAAUUCAAUGAUGCCGGCGAACCCACAUGUCCCGAAGCUAUGCGGGAACUCGAGUUGGCAUUAGGAAAGGUGAAAGUAUCUCGACCAAAGAUUAUUAACUAUCUGGAGUUUACACCAGCUGAUGCAGAUAAACGGCGAUUCGAUGAUGUGAAGGAUGGUGCAGAAAUGGGUCACGUACUCGAACUGUAUGGGUUCCCUGCCGAGUUCCGAACCCGCGAGCUAGUGGCAUUUUUAAAGGGUGUCGGCGGAUCUCCUGAAAUUCGAUGGGUCGACGACGAACAUGCUUUGGCAGUAUUUAGCACAACUGCAGCAGCACGAAACGCACUUAAUCAGACAAAGGAUGGGAUUAUUAAACGGCGAUCAUUAAACGAAGCUUCGGAAUCUUCGAAGGCAAAAGCAAGGGAAGCAGGCCUAGAACUACCACACAAGCCUCGUCCUAAAACCAGCUCUCUCAUUGCUAAACGACUUGUAUCUGGUGCAUUAGGUAUUCCGGUUUCUAUGAGCCGCGAGGAAAGAGAGAAAGAAAAACUCCUGCACAAAGAAGCUAGAGAACGGCGCCGGCAAGCAAAACAGCAAGAGCAGCAGAAAAAAGAUACUUGGGAUGACGACUGAAAGAACACAACAAGGACCGCGAGCAACAAAU